AUGUCUUCGUAUGUUCAUUCUCGAGCCACAGGCCGCUCAGGUCCGAAGGUCAAGACUGGCUGCAUGACUUGCCGUCGCCGCAAGGUGCGCUGCGACGAGAAGAAGCCGGUUUGUGCAAACUGCACGCGACUCAGGAUCCCUUGUGCAUAUCAAGUACGAGACCCGAUCAAGCAGACUCGCAAAAGUCAUCAGCAGUCCAGCGAGGCGGUACCAUGUGGCCAGAACGACAGCCGACUAUCUCGAGAGCCUCAUCGGGAUGGGGGUCAGCCCCAAGCGACCAAACAACACUGUCAGCAGCUUCCACCACUCGAGGCGCAUCUCGAUAGCAUGCCGGCCCGGCAUAACACCACGUCGCCCGCCUCUGUCCCAGGGACUGAUCAGCACAGUCAAACAGCCAACGCAGCCCCGGCUAGUUCCCACGACCCGCUCAUCACCGGCAGCGUUUCGGGCGAUCCUGUGGGAGAUAUGCCCGCUCCGGGUAUCUUGGGUCUCACAUCUCCGUUUCAGGAUGUGUUUUUCUCGUCCAUCAACCUGGCUGACUUCGACUUGGGGCCUGAUGCCGGCAGUGACCUGGCCUUUGAUGGCGUCUCGCCUUUUUUCUUUCCAUCCGAGUCGUACAGAGGUGCGGAGCCGGCAGGGCAGUCGGUAUCUCAAGGGAAGAAAGAGCUCGAGCGGCAGCUCCUUGAACACUUCAUUCACUCGGCUAACCCAAUCUCGGUCAUCCUGCCCUCCCAUACCGAGUGGGCAUCCGCAUGCCGGGCACUGCUCAUCAUGGCCCGCGACUCUCCAUGUCUGUCUGCCGCUGUUUACUCACUUUCAGCUAUGCAUAUGUAUUCGACCAAGCAGAAUGAUCUUCUUGACGUCUCGAUGGAUUAUUACAAGACAUCCAGCAGUGAGCUCGAGGCCCUCUUUCAACUUGUCCGCCCCGGAGAUCCCAAGACAGACCUGAGCCUCAAGUCGGCGUUUGCCACUUUGUUCUUGUUGAGCCACGUGGAAUUGACUGCUCAGUCUACUCCUCAUGCAGAGCAAUGGCCUCUGAGACAUGUCAGGUCCGCACAGACUAGGGUUAGAGAGCACAGCGAGCGGAUCAAGACCUGGGCUGGCAUCAGCAGGCGCCUCUUGACAUGGAUGUCACUGCUGCAGACCAAGAUUGAAUACAAUGCUGGCAACCCGAGUCAGUCCCAACAAUCCGCCUUGGAAAGUUGCAACACAGAUUCAACGUCGCUGAGAAUGGCCACCGGUGACCCCUUCACAAACCGCCACAAAACCCAGUCGCCAGAGCCCAAUGACAGUCGGAUAGAGGUGAACGAAACCACUGACGACCCGCGGACUCCGGCCGAGCUCGCAUGCGACACGAUCAACCAACCAGCGCUAGAUUUUCAUCUCAGAACACAAAGCUUCACCCCGAGAAUCAUUGUCCUUGACCAUUAUCACCGUCAGCGCGGAACUCUGGAAGCCGAAUACGAAGUCCUCCAAAUUGGGCAUCGGAUAUCGUCAGAUCUACAUGCUUUGUGGGCAUCUCGUCCACCAACUUUUGCUUUUCUGGAUGCGGGGAGCACUGGGUUAAUCGACGUGUUCCAGCCAUCAGUAGCGUACAGCAUAGUCCGGGACCUCAGAGUGUAUGCCGCCGGGUUUUGGGCACACCUGAUCUAUCUGCAUAGAGUUGCAUUUGUCAACUACCCUGCCACGGAAGAUGUUCAUCGAGCAGUGUCGGAAAUCAUGAAACUCGCGAGCGACCUAGACCGAGACCGGAAACAAUUCAAGUACAUGGUACAGGUUCAACAACAGCAUUCCCCGGCGCAAGCACCGUCUCUACAUGGACCGUCGUCUGACGCAGGCACUGCUGCAGUUGCCGAUAUGGACUCGCUACCCCACACUCUCAUGUGGCCUCUAUUCAUGGCCGGACUUGAGUGCUCGAUCUCGGAUCGAUACUUAGUGUUACAGAUGAUGAGAGAAAUUCAAGGGUUACCGACGUCUGACAAGGUCCUGCUGCUUCUCCAGGAGGUGCUGAGGAAACAAGACGAGAAAGGACACAGGGUUGAUCACCGAGAACUGCGGCGGGAGCUAUUUGACUCGGAGCUGAGUGUGUUAUAUUGA